UUCAUUCAUGCAACAGCAGAGGAACGACAUGGAAACCGAACCGAGAAGCCGUCCUCGAAGAGACGUCAAACUGUUUUGUUUAUGUUUACGUAUUUUUGCGAUAAAACAAUCGUUUUCUGGUGAUUUUCCUCUGUUCGUCGAAUGCGCUCCGCAAUCAUGAGUGAAAGUGACGAAAGUAAUUCCGAAGGAAGCCGAGGCAGCAGUGGCCGCGAUGGCGACAGCAGUUCCGAAGGAAGUCCAACCGAACUGGACCCAACCAGCGCCGGAUUCAAGCCGCUACGGGUACUCUAUUCUCGCAAGCCCCAAGCGGUCCCGAUUCCGGAAGCCAAACUGCUCGACAAUGUCGGAAUGUUCGAGUCCCGUUUCAGCCAGCUCGGUGGCUUCGACCAACGGUACAGCGAUCAACGGCUGAAGGAGAUCUUCCAAGCGCGGGCAGCCACUUCCAAGCGAGCACAGAUGCAACUGGCCAGCACUAGUGGGAGUGGGGCGGAAAUGCCUCAGCGGAGGUUUCUUCCACAUCAAGAAAUGAUCAAAGCGGAAAAACCGGCCCGACUGCGACGCAACAUUUUGGUAAAACUGGAACGAACCGAGGGCCCCCUAAAACUGAUGAUGACCUGGAUGAGGGAACGUGUCCGGGUCCGGGUCUACACUCGCAGAAAAAGCGGCGUUCGCGGCUACGUGACCGGAUUCGUGGAAAUGUUCGACAAGCACUGGAACAUGGCCCUGGUGGAUGUGUACGAGUCGUGGAAGCGGCGCAAGUAUCGCUACUCGGAGAACAAGCUUUGUGUGCUUGGGCAGGCGGAGGAUUGCAGUGCGUUGCUGCGGGAGAUGGGAAUCCGGGUGCCGGAGGUUAGCGUCCAGUCGGCCGGGAGGAAGUACGUGACGUGCAGCCGGAGGAUGCCGAAGUUGAUGAUUCGGGGCGAGCAGGUUGUGCUGGUGACGAAGGAUAGUGAGAAAGUGGGGAAGGAAGACGAGGAAAAGAAAGUUGAAUAAAGAUAUUUUUGUUAAAA